AUGCUAUAUAAAACAAUCCCAGAACAAAUAUCAGCACUACUGCCAGAUCAAAGAAAACAGAGCAAGCCAGGUACUGUGAGAAAUAAUGUUCAAAAAAUUAUGGAAUCUGCUGAUCCAAUUAGUGAGGCAUCUACCAUAACUUUUCUUGAGGCUGCAUAUGCAACACUAGAGAAUGUUAUUACAAUCAAUUCAGAACUAAAAUGUCUUUGGCAUGAACUAUGCAAAAAAGGAGCUUCUGAAAAAGUAGUCAAUGCUUUACAAGACACUGACAGUAUUCACUCAGGAGUCAAAUAG